AUGAACACGGCGACGAAGAAGCAACCGUCGACGGCCGUGAAGAACUCCUUCGGCGGGUUUGCGUUUAAGAAGAGGAAGACGCAAAACUUUACGAAUACUAUGAACAACAAUAACAACCGACGUCAAACGAGACAAACGACCGGUAUGGGUGGUUUCGUGGAAAACCCAGGAAUGGAUCAUCAGUACAUGUACGGGAACGUACAUAAUAAUAUGGGUGGUAUGGAGUACGGUAUCAAUAACAAUAGCAUGGUCAUGAACAAUCGCCACCAUCAACAACAACAACUGGCGCAGCCUGUCGGUAACGCGGGGGGCAUUCACCAAAAGCUCGGAAACCCGGAACGCUUCCACGAGGCGCUCAGAAAUGACGUCACGGAAGAUGAGCGCAUGUCCGACCUCAUCGCCGCAAUUACAGAUGCUGAAAUUAACAAAGCGAGACUGAAUUUUGGUUCCAGCGCGGAGCAUGUAUUUCUGAGCGAUAUCAUCGAGACGGUGAUGAAGGAGUUCUGCGUCCAAGUGGAGGAAGCUUUGGUUGAUGAUAAAAUCUUCUUUGACGAAGGACCGCAUCAAAUUAAACAAAAAAUAGAACAGAAGAAAGAUAGUUUAAGGAAAUUGAGAGAGGAAUUAUACAACGAAUCGAAAAGGUGGGACGAUAUGAUCGAAUCGACGUCGAAAUCGACCCAAGACGAAGAGGCGAAGGCGUUGUUGCAACAAGAGUUGAAGCGACACGACGAGGUGUUGAAGACGACGCAACACAGAGGUACUUUAGCUUCCUCGUGCUUGGAAACGCACCGAGCGUUGGCGUUGCAAGCCGAAGGUGCGGCUGCAAUCGUUCAAGGCGCCGAAGCUUUGUGCGUGAGAGCUGAGAACGCGUGUAAAAUCUUUGCGGAUGCUCUUGCGAAGAACGAUUUCAAGUCCUUACCGAACGUGGACAAUCCUCACGGCUUGUUACAGUCUCUCAUUGGUGCGUAUAAAGAGACAAAGUGA